AUGCCCUCCACCACCACAACGGCUUCCGCCUCCGCCUGUACCGGCGCCGCAAUGUACGAGCUCCCAAUAAAAGACGCCGCGUGCGGCACCCCAAACAACAAAGACAAAGACUACGAGUCCCUCUUCUCUAGCUGCGCCGCCCCCGCGGCCGUCCGCACCUACCAUGAUGACUGUGCCCUCUUUGCGCCUGCACUGGACCAGUCCAUCCAGAGUCUCACUGACUGUCUCUACGACGCCGGUGUCAAGUGGGAGGAUGUUUGGUGCACAGGAAACACCAGUGCCUCUGCAUCUGGGACGGCAUAUCCUACUGCCACUGCGACAUCCAAGGGGGCGUCUAGCUCCACUGAUACUUCUACCAAAGCGACAGAGACGGGGGCGGAUACGAAUGGGGCGACAUCUGGUCGCGCAUGGCUUUCUGGGGCUGUUGUUUGGGGGUUACUGGGGCUUCAGGCUGUUGGUGCUGGGAUGGUCGUGUUUUUUUAG